UCGCCGCCACCACCAACUACGGCGGACGGCGGCAGGACGGGCCUUGGCUGCCUCGGCGCCAACGUCUGCGCCCGCCGCGGGGGCGGCAACAGCGGCGGCGUCUGGGGCCUUUGCGGAGGAGCUGGGCGUGCUGGACGAGGAGCAGGCGGCCAUGAUGGCGGAGGAGUGCAUCCUGGUGGACAGGAACGACAGACCCACGGGCUCCGCUAGCAAGGUGGAAACACACCUCACCAGCAAAGGCUUGCUGCUGCACCGAGCUUUCUCCGUGUUCUUGUUCGACAAGAAGGGCAGGGUCUUGAUGCAGAGGAGGGCGGACUCGAAGCACACCUUCGCUGGGUACUGGACCAACACGUGCUGCAGUCACCCCCUUUGGAACGACGUCGAGAUGGGAACCGACAUGACCACGCCGAGGGGGGAGAAGAGCGCCAGCGAGGGCGACGCCGCCAUCGCGGGGGCCACGCGGGCGGCGGUGCGAAAGCUGGGACAGGAGCUGGGCAUCCCAGCCGCGCAGCUCCCGUUGGAAGACUUUUCCUUCCUCACCAAGGUGCACUACAUCGCGAACUCUGGGUCGACCUGGGGGGAGCACGAGAUCGACUACGUGUACUUGAUACAGGCGGACGUCGAUCUGGAACCGAACCCCAAUGAGGUGUCGGACGCUGAGUUCCUAGACAAGGACGGGCUGCGGUCGCUCCUGGCGAGGGCCGAGCGGGGAGAGGUGGAGUUCACCCCGUGGUCGGCGUACAUCAUCGACAAGUUCGUCUUCGGUUGGUGGGACCACGUGGGGGACAAGGAGAAGCUGGCCUCGCUGCGAGAUAGCGUCAUCCACCGAGUCGGCUCGUGUGCGGACGAGGAGGAGGAGUAA